AUGGCGACCGCCGUGGGCAACGCGUCGACGACGGGCGCGGUGAUGGAUGGGAAACAUGACAGCGUAGGCGACGAGGCGACGAUCGCGACGCGUCGAUCGAUUCCCAUGCGAGUGCUCGACGAGUACGAGUUCAGAGACAAGUUCGAGGAGACGCGGGUGGUAUCGACGCACGGGAGCAAACCAUCGAUGGUGCUCGUGGUCGGGAAGGCGCGUAAGCUUGAGGGCGACGGAGAGGACGGGGAUCCGAGAGAGCUCUUGGGACGCGCGCUGGUGCCGCGAGAGACGCCGCCGCACGCGUUAAAGCUGGUUGAUGUGAACGAUUGGACGAUCAGGUACGGCGAGGACGAGCCAGAGAUUUGGUUGGUGACGCCGAGGGCGUGGUACAAGCUCCUCGAUCCGAGCCCGAGGUACGAGAAGUACGCGACGGUGAUGCUGCGUCGAGCGCGUUUCACCAACGCCGUGGUCAAGGCGCUGAUGAAGAAUUGGAACAUGGGCCUAGACGAGGGAUUGGAUCGCAUACUGAGCGUUCCCGUGGUGAAACACGACGUGCCGAUGGCGAUUAAGACGCCGUCCAAGGCGGCUAGGCUGUUGGGUGACACCACGGCGGAGGCGCAAAAGCAAGCGGCUCUCAACGGGUUAAGUGAAGAGCAAGGCAAUGAGCCCGAAUUUUGCGCUUACACACACGCGGACAUCGUUGGAGAUGGAUUCUUCAUCGUUUCGCAGCUAGAUUCGUUGUUGAAGGCCAAGGCGCUGCUUCCUCCGUCGGACGGCGAUGAGGAGUCAAGUCCCAUCUUCAUUACAGAGCUGCAAACGUGGACGAGUGAGAAGCUUCAGUUUAGCAUUGCUCCGAAAAUGUCCAGAUUAGAGCGUGAUCGCGCCCGGCGUGAGCGCUUGCGGGUGGAGAAGCUCGCGGAGGACGGCAUUAAGAAUGAACCGCGCGAUCCACGUCUGGAGCCUCCGCCACCGGCGUCGCACAUUUUACCGGAUUACGCGCACAUCGGUCCGGCGUUACAGACCGAACUGCUCACGCUGUGGGAUUUCGCCCAAGUUUUCGCCCAGGCGUUGCAGAUACCACAAUGUCCGUUAGAGCGCUUUGCUAAGGCUUUCUUCGGCACCGAACCAGGAGCCGCGGAGGCGGCGCUACUAAGAGAUUUCAUGGUUUCGUGUUUACGUCUCGUCGAAGGACGCAUCGAUUCCAUCGAUCACGAAACAGCUAAGGUGACACCAUCGUGUGCGCGGUGGUGGGACGCGCCUAUUUUGGGUAUACACGAUGUGGAAGAACUGGAUUGGCAAGCUAGGGCCCACCAUUAUAUCCUAGAGUUUCAGUCAUCCAUAAACGAUCGCAUGCGAGUACCUGCCAUGGAGGCGGGCACGAGAUUGGAGCAGGGUGAAGCGGUGGAGACAUUAACGCCGGUGCAGCGAGUAGCUUUGGCCGUCGCAUUGAGUAGCUCGGCAUUGGAAAGUGAGUCGAUGCGAUUUUACUUCACUGAAGUGUUCGACCACGCACGGGAACGGCGCAAGGCGGGCGAAUUCCAUGCAAAGCCCCCAACACUUGUGACAGAGGUACCAAAACCGGCUGAGGCAAAGGAGAAGGACAAUUCUCUGAAACAUGAUGGAACGAGCGACGUGGAAAUGGAUGAAUUCAUGGAGGAUGAACCGGCAAAGCCGCUUUCACUCACUGAGCUGCGACGCGAGCAACUCAUGCAGUUCAGGCGUGGAGCUGUGGAUCGAGCAGUUCUGUCUCGUGGGAAGCCAGUCGCUGUAGACGAGCAGGGUAGACGGUACUUUGCGCUUGGAGGUUUGAACAAUGCCGGUCGUCUCUUCGUACAAACUGCGCCACCUGGAUGGCACGAAGAUGAGGAAGCACCAGCCGUGGAGGACAACUCAGAUAAGCAGCCCAUGGCUGGCCCACCAGUCGACGAUAUUCCGUUCACUGUAGAAGCCAUGCGCAAUCCGACGAACUCCAGGGACGUUUCUGGAUUGGUCGAGUACGCGUCGCGAUGGGGUGUGUACAAACCGGGUUCGGAGCUCGAUGCGUUAAGCUCUUGGUGCAACCCGGCAUAUGACAACGAGCGUUACAUCACAAAACUUCAUAGGUUAAUCUCUUACUCGAUCGACGGUGUUGAGUGCGACAGCGUCGAAUUGGACGAGAAGACGCGACUGGAACGGAUAGAAAACUUGUGCGCAUCGAUGUCCACGGACGGAUACUCCAACCUUGAUGACGUUGCAUUGACGUCGUGCAACGAUCGCACUUUGACGUUGAAACUCCUCCACGCCAUUAAAUUCGUGCUUCAAUCCGCGCCGUUCUGGCGGACGGGUGACAUGCGAUGGAUCGACCGUUUUCUGAAAGUCUCCGCAUACAUCGAAGGUUUACUCAGCGCUACUGACCCGUCUUUGAUUGAUAUCUGCAAGAUUUUGCCCGGUGUUGAGAGUGUGUGUGCAAAUGCGGGAUUGAUGGACGAAGCCACGUGGCCCGAGGUGAAGCCCACUUGGUUGGCUCAGAUACGAUUUCACGUUCUAGGACGUAGAACUGAAGCUGAACUUGCCGGUACCGCGUCGACUACGGACGUUCCUGAGAACAGCAUUCCAGGCAUGUACGACAUCAGCACGGCUCCAGAGCUCCUCGAGCCACUCGGUCCUUUGACGGUUCACCGCGCAGCCAACUUGGUGAACCAGUUCCUGAGAUUCCUUGCACAAGACUCUAACCGUAUGUCACAAGCGUCUUUCAAGCGGUACACUGGGUUGAACCAUGGAGCGGCUGCGAUUAAUACCGGAGACGUCGUCGCGCUCAUCAGGCGUGGGUUGUCCAAGACGUACGCCAGGUACAUCGAUAAAAAGUCCAGGCCAAGAACGUGGAUCGACGUGAACACUUUGCGAGUAGUCGAGAGAUGUGUCGUUGUCGGAGCUGCGUAUAGAGGUACAGAAAUCGCGCCAAAAAGUCAACAUGCCGAGGAUCGUCCUCCUUGCACGUGGCUUAUGCUCCAGUUGCUGGAUGGUCCAGAAUCUUCAUUGUUUCCGAGCACUCGUAGACAAAGCGCAGAGGGCACGGCGGCGCCCGAGGUCAAAGAUACGCGCAGAUUGGUUGUAGCACCUCUCAUCGUCGGUGACAUCGCUGACUAUGUGCUCCCUUGGUCAAAGUACAACGAAGACAAAACGUGGCAAGUCGGACAACGCAUCAUGAUGCAAUUCGAAGGAAUCGACGCCGAAGACGAAAGUCGGGGUAUCAUUCAGAUCGAUGGCAAUUUUUACUAUCUUGGUAGAGUUCGGAAGACGCGUUCGAGCCCGGACAAGUGGGAAACGGUGAUGAUAGUGUUCGAUAGCGAUCCGGAGGAUCACAUGUGGGUUUCACCUUGGGAAAUCAUCGAGGCGCCAGAGAAAUACCACGAUCCCGUGCACGAAGGUCCGGGACUCGUGGAUGUUGAGAAAUCACUCUCAGCGGAAGACAUGUUGCAGAUCGCGAAGUGCAAAGCGGUGUCGCGUCGUUUGGGUUGGCCAAAAGGUGAAAGCAAGAAAGAGUUUGACGAUUUGCGCGCAAAAAUUUUCGGAAUCGACCCGCCUCGCGCACCGAUUUUCUGCGGAGUACCCAUGAACCUGCAUCGCGUUUUCAUCGAAUCGAUGCACUUGGGAGGGUACGAGCAUGUCACGCGGCGCAAGCUGUGGAAAACAGUCGCUCGCACUCUCGGUCGGGAUCUGACUUCGCAAACGAGCGCUUCUUUCGCCAUGCGAAAGGCAUACGAACGAUGUUUGUAUCCGAUGGAAACUUCGUUGACGAGUGAUGAUAUGUUCGGACAGCUCGGUCUCACCGUCGACAGUGAUGCCAACAUCGAUCAGUUCCCGGGAAGUACUCCAGGUGCCAACUCCGAUGACGACGACUACAACGACGAUUCUGAAUACCCUGUUUUGGACAACGAAGGCGACAAGCCGCGGGACGACGAGAAUGAGAUGCUAGACGAUUCUAUGGAAGUCGACACGGCAAAGGAGAAAAGUGCACAUGCAGACGAUUACAAAAUGUCGGAUGACGAUUUCGAUGAAGACGCGGACAGCGACGAAGGCGAAUCUGACAGCGAUUUCGCGCCUGGACGGAAGCCACGCCAGUAG